CAGUUGCAGUUAUCAGUAGAUUCUGAUAAAACCUGUCCAGAAUCUAACCAACUCUCAAGAUGUUAGGGUGGCUACUUCUGGGACUCCUUUUUGGCUUAGGGGCCGCGGCGAAUAGGAAGGAUUUCACUGGGUACAAAGUUAUUCGAGUGCCCAUUGCAAAUGAGGAGCAAGCCAAGAUCCUUCAAGAUCUUUCCCGUCUUGAGGUUGAUUUUUGGACACUGCCAACCACAACAACACCAGCAGAGCUUCUCACCCCUCCCGGGGUCUUCAAGAAUGUCUCUGGUAUUCUGCAAACAUUGAAAUUACCAUUCACGGUCGAAAUUGACAACCUUGAAGAGUCUAUUGUUGAGGAAAGAGAGGCAAAUAAUUACGCCAAGCGGCAGCAUACCUCCUUCUUCCGAUCCGGGGCUGGCGACUUUGAAGGGAUCCAUUCUUAUUACGGAACAUUUGAACAGAUUCAAGAUUGGUUGAGACGGGUGGCAAGUACGUACAGCUCGAUUGCCAGUCUGGAGUCGAUAGGUCGAACUCACGAAGGCAGAGACCUCACCGUUCUAAAGCUUAGCAACGGCGGCAGCAACAAGCGUGUGAUAUGGAUAGAUGGAGGUAUUCACGCCAGGGAAUGGAUCGCCCCCUCAACCACACUCUACACCGCCUGGAAGCUCAUAUCAGGCUACCAGUCCGGUGAGACGCGAGCCUUCCUUGACAAGUUUGAUUGGUACUUCCUCCCGGUAGUAAACCCUGAUGGCUACGUCCACACUCAUGACAUGAAUCGAAUGUGGCGAAAGAACCGACGUCCUAAUAACCACCGCGACUGCUAUGGUGUGGAUCCGAAUAGGAACUUUGGCUUUCACUGGGCAGAGCGAGGGACCAUGAGUAGCAGUGACCCAUGUUCAGAGAUCUACCACGGACCCUACGCCGCGUCUGAGUACGAACCCUACUUCAUGCAACAGGCGCUUCAAAAGUUUAAAGGCCGCCUUCAGGUUUACCUAUCCUUCCACUGCUACGCCCAGAUGUGGUUUGUCCCCUAUGGUUAUACUUGGCAAGCUGCACCAGACCACGACGAAUCGCUGCGAGUAGCAAACCUGGCCAGAGAUGCCGUCUAUGCUGUCAACAAAAAGUGGUACCAAACAGGAACACCGUCUGAGCUAAUGUAUGCAGCCGGGGGUGGUUCUUACGACUACGCGAAGGGUGUGGUCGGCGCCAAGUACGCCUUUACCAUUGAGUUAAGGCCUACUCAACAGGAGUCCAGGAACGGGUUUAUACUGCAUCCGAGUUACAUCCGACCAACUGGGGACGAGAUAUGGGCUGGAGUUAGGAAGAUGGUGGAAGUCAUGCGGCUAAUUUAUUAACGAAAUGGAAAAAAAAAAUUAAUAGAUGCUGUAAAAUUGGUGUUUUUUCAGUUUAUUGGGAAACAUAAUCCACAAAAAAACCUUCACAAUUAAACAAUAUUUAAACUUUUUCCCGGAUGUCCGAAUGCAUGUGUAUGUUGAGAAAGCCCCCUGCAAUAUAUAUAUACCGGUACGGGGUCCAAGCAAGUAAAACUUGAAAUAUACAGUGUUGCUGAGCUUCUCAAUACAAUCUCCUUGUGGAUGA